CAUAAGGUAAGACAUAACAGAAGCUGAAGGAGCCAAAAAAGAAAGCAGUGAGAGAUCAAUUGGUAGCACUCGAGCUUGAUCAGUUGGUAGAAGCAGACCUAAAGCCCAACCGGCCACUAGGCGAACUAUAGCCCAUUUGAAACGACCUGGUUGUAAACGUCGGAAAAUAUUAGUAAGGUAAAUAUUAAGCUUCUCUCUCUCUCUCUCUCUCCCUCCCUCUUUCUUCCGGAGAUUUGCUCCAUUCCGUCUUCUUGAAGCUCCAGCAACAGCUUUUUUCUGAAUUCGACCUCGGCAACUUGCAGUUGUUGAUUCACUGUGCAUUCUUGUGUACCGUGCAUUCUCUCCUUGAGAUCUACUUUAUCCCGUUUUCUUGAAGCUUCGUCACCGUGGACUUUGUUUAGAAUCAGAACGCUGACGACUUGCAAGUGAGCUUCAGACUCCAGAAGUUCAAUUCUCCCCAAAAAAAAAAAAAAAGAAAGAAAGCAGCAAAAGGAAAAGGAAAAGAGGGGGAAAAAAAAAAGUAAAAAAGAAAAAAGAAAAAGAAAAAGAAAAAGUAAAAAAAAGGAAAAAAAAAAGAAAAAAAAAAGAGGUUUCUACACAGCAAGCUAUGGAGUUUGUUAUGACUAUUGGCAAUUGGAUCGCAACAAAAAUUGCUGAGUAUACAUUUGAACCAAUCGUACGCCAAGCGGGCCACGUAGUUCAAUACAAAAGUAACAUAGAAGAUCUAAAAACUCAAGUUAAGUACUUAGCUUCUCUCAAAGUCAGAGUGCAACACAAAGUGGAUGAAUCUCUUAGAACAAAUGAAAAAAUCGAAGGAGAUGUCGAAAAGUGGCUCGAAAAUGCUGACACGACUAUUGAAAAGGCAAAGAAAUUCUUUGAAGAAGAACGCCAAUCAAACCAGAAAUGUCUCCACGGGUUCUGUCCAAAUUUGAAGCCUCGUCAUCAACUAAGCAGGAAAUCAACAAAAAUAAAGGAAGAUGUUGUCAAGCUCCAGGCAGAGGGUGGAAAAUACACCACCCAAUCAAUUUCAUACCGUGCUCCCCCACAAGGGACAUGGAACACAUCUACCACAUCUGCGGCAUUUCAAUCGAGGACAUCAAUUAUGGAUAGCAUCAUAAAAGAUUUGGUGAAACCUGACAUCAACAUUAUCGGAGUGUAUGGAUUGGGUGGUGUGGGGAAGACCACACUUGUCAAGCAGGUUUACGAUCUUGUUCAACAAAACCACUUGUUUGAUGAGGUUGCUAUGGCAACCGUGUCGCAGAACCCAGACCCAAAAAGAAUUCAAGGAGAAAUUGCUGACGUGUUAGGUUUGAAGUUUGAACAAGAAACCACAGCUGGAAGAGCAUCUAAUUUGAAAGAAAGGACAAGAAACAAGAAGAUUUUGAUAAUCUUAGAUGAUAUUUGGAACAAACUUGAUUUGGAUGAAGUGGGACUUGAAGCUGUUGGGGGAUGUAAAAUCUUAGCAACCUCUAGAACUCGAGAAGUGUUAUCGGAAACAGGUACGCAAAAUGAAUUUAAGCUUGAAGUUUUAGAUGUGCAAGAAAGUUGGAUUUUGUUUGAGAAGAAAGCAGGGAAUGUUGUAAAAGAUCCAGCUAUAAGAAAUAUAGCUGUUGAAGUAGCCAAAAGAUGUUCAGGAUUGCCGGUUUUAAUCAUCUCGGUUGCAAGUUCUUUAAAAAGUAAAAAUAUAUAUUCAUGGAGAGUUGCUUUGAAAAGCCUAAAAAAAUUUGAUAAGCAGAAUGAAAUGCAAGAAAAAGCAUACUCAAUUCUAGAGUGGAGUUACAACCAGCUACGUGGUGACGAGGCAAAGUCAUUGCUCUUGCUAUGUGCAAUGCUUGUGGUACGAAAUACUGUUUACCUCAGAGACCUGUUGAGAUAUAGUUUCGGUUUGGGUGUAUUUGAAAAUGCCAAUACAUUGGAUGAAGCACGCGAUAGGUUGUAUACAUUGGUUGAUUACCUUAAAGAUUCUUGUUUAUUGCUUGAUGGUGAUGGUGGUCAAGAUCCCAAAAUGCAUGAUCUUGCUCGUGAUGCUGCUCUUUACAUUGCUAGGAAAGAGCGUCAGGUUUUAUCAGUAACACAUGGAAAUGAGUUGAAAGAGUGGCCAAAUAAGGAGUUUUUAGAGAAUUGCACUAUGAUUUCUCUACCUUACCGCAGUUCUAUCCCUGCUAGUCUUCCUUCAAAGUUGCAAUGUCCAAAGCUAAAAUUGUUUAUUUUUGUAGAUAUUUAUGGUCAGUCACUUGAAGUCCCAGAAAAUUUCUUUCAAGAGAUGAAGGAACUCAAAGUGCUGGAUUUAACCAAUUUUCGUAAUCUUCUACUGCCUCCAUCUUUUGUUUCCCUUACAAAUCUUCAAACAUUGUGUCUUGAAGGUUGCAUCUUUGAAGAUGAUGAUGAUGUCCUAGCUAAAAUCAGUGAGCUACGGGGUUUACAAAUUCUUAGUUUGGCAGGCUCUCAAGUUGGAAAAUUGUGCAAAGAAAUAGGACAGUUGACUUGUCUACGAUUGUUGGAUUUGAGCUAUUGCAUAAAGCUUGAAAUUAUUCCACCGAAUGUCUUAUCGAAUUUAAGCAGCCUAGAAGAGUUGAACAUGACGUACAGCUUUGAAAAUUGGGAAGCCGAAGGAGUUACAGGUGAAAGACGAAUUAAUGCCAGUGUUUCAGAGCUAAAGCACUUGUCUCAGUUGACCACAUUGAACGUAAGUGUUAAGAAUGCUGACGCUUUGCCAACAAGCUUAUUCUCUGAUCAGUUAGAAAGAUUCAGAAUAAGUGUUGGUGGCGUGUUUCCUUUGUGGGAGAUUAUGGACUAUGAAAACUCAAACAAGCUAAGACUCGAACUCACAAGAAGCGAUCAAUUGGAUCAAAGUCUUAAAAUGCUUAUAAAGAAAUCUGAAGAUUUGUACUUGGAUCUGGUGGAAGGAGUUAGUAAUUGUAUUCCUCAACUAGACAGUGAGGGAUUUCCUCAACUGAAACGUCUCAACCUCCAACGUCAUGCUGGUGAAAUGAAGCAUAUCAUUGAAUCAAUCAAUUAUACUCAUUCUGCCUUCCCCAAAUUGGAGUCACUACUUUUAUUUGAUGUCUCCAGUGUGGAAAGUAUAUGUUAUCCUCAGCUAGGAAUCGGCUCUUUUGGGAAACUAGGGGCCAUAUGUGCUCACGGGUGCAAUGGGUUGAAGAAUCUUUUCCCAUUUUCUAUGGUCAAUUGCUUCUCGCAGCUUCAAAAAAUGGAAUUGAGACAAUGUAACAUCUUAGAAGAGGUUUUUGUUGCAGAAAAAGGAGAUAAGAGUUUCAUUCGUCAAGACAUGGAUCCCACUGAGUUCUGUCAAUUGAAAGUUCUGAGUCUUGCCCAUCUACCACAGUUUAUUGGCUUCUCCUCUAUAGGUGGCAGUGAAGAUGAGAUUCUUAAUAAUUCGGCACCACUUUUCAAUUGGAAGUUUAAAUUCCCUAAAUCAUUGGAGGUAUUAGAAAUGGAAAAGCUGGAUAGGCUUACGAGCAUAUGGCCUGAUCAUGACCAGCUUGCCCCUCCAGAAUUCACCUCCAAACUUACAAAAUUAUCAGCCGCCGACAAACAGUUGAAUAGCUGUCGAAAUCUGCGUAUAAUACGAGUCGAUAGAUGUCAGAGUCUCAAAUAUGUUUUUCCAGCCUCCGCCGCUAGAGGUCUUGAGCAGUUAGCGAAGCUGACUGUAACGAAUUGCAGGUCCAUCAAAGAAAUCAUCGCAAAAGAAGAAGGUGAUGAUGGUGCUGAAGAAAUCAUCAAGUUUGUGUUCCCAAAAUUAGAGAAACUUUGCUUACGAUAUCUACCACAACUUGGGAGUUUCUAUCCAGGAAUGCAUACUUACAAGUGGCCGUCAUUGACUUGGAUGGAGAUUAUUGAAUGUGAGAAAGUGGAGAUUUUAGCCGCCGACAUUCAACAUUCCAUCAUCAACAUGAUCAAACCACUGCUAGUCCUAAACCUCUCUUUCUUAUUGAAAAGGGUUCAUUCCCCAAGUUGGCGUGCUUGGGAGUGACCGCCGAGGAGUAUUUGUGUGAUCUAUUAUCCACUCAUGCAGAGUGGUUUCCCAGACUAACAGAAGUUAAUAUGAUUUGCAUGCGCAUUAAAUCAACUGUAUCC